AUAUCGAAUGCUUUCAUUCAAUCAAGAUAUUUAUUGAACGAAAAAUCAAGGUUUAAAAAGGUCUUAAACUUCUGAAAAUAUCGUGAACAAACGGCAUCAAUAUGAGUGAGAAGGAGUUGCACGAAGAAUAUUUGAAAUAUCAACGAUUGAAAACUAUGAAGAAUCCAUUCGAAAUCGGAAGUGAAGAUUGGCUCAAGUGGCGUAGAGAUUGGCUUCAAUCGACUUCUGAAAAUGUUGCGAGGGCAAGCGCAUUGGACAGAGAGCUCUCGAAAUGUGACCCAGUUGACCCUGCUGUUAUUGCAGCUGCGAUAGAACCGAUGCGAAAAGCUAUGGCUGAAGAACGCAAAAAUCUUGAGCAGAAGAUACAGCAGUUGGUUAAAGACCAUCAGACCGGGCGCCAUGGAAAUGGAGUCGAAAAUGGAGCCGCUCAAAUGGAAAUCGUAUCUGAAAACAAUAAAACUUAAAAUUAAAUAAUUCAAGUGCAUAAAACAAUUGAGUUUAUUUAAAUCAUGUGAAACAAUUUGUUUAAUGCUAAUACAAAAGAAUUGAAAUCA